AUGGUCUCUCCAAAACUUUACGUUGUAUUCUAUCGACUUCGUUAUGGCAAUUACCAACACUGGGGCUUGUACCUAGACGAUAAAGAGCCGCUCAUUUUCGAAGUUAUCGGCGAACAUCCGAAAUUCAAACACAAUAUCGUGACAACACGACCCGAGAAGUCUAGGAGCUUUCUGCAGAAGCUAUACAUCGGCGUGAUUAGCAAGGACGAUAUAGAAACUGUGAAACAGGCUGCAGAGACAGUGCCCGUGGACAAUGAGACAGUAGAGUGGGACUACGAAUGUAUUUUGGAAAGUGAUGAGGACUAUCGUGAUGCCAGGGAAAUACUGGGGGAAAAGAGGGGAGCGAUUCUGUAA